AUGGCUCGAAAAUCAGCUCUUGCCAUUCUGUUGUCUCUCACUGCAUUCGCUAGCGCGCAAGCAAUACCCAGUGCCAGCCAAUGUCCGACCGCGAACGGACAGAUCAUCACAGACAGCAAUGGAAGUACAUACCGCGUUACCUGCUCGGCGGACAACAAUGUUGGUUCGUACACAAGUACUCGGGCGACCUCUUCGUAUCUGGAUUGCAUGACUGCUUGUGAUGCCGCCGCCUCUGCUGGUUGUCAAGGCUUCACUUAUGUAGGCGGCUCUGGAGGCACUUCAUCAGGCACUUGCUAUCUGAAGAAAAGCAUGGGAAGCUACCCUGCGACAGGCAGCAACUACAUUUCUGCCAUCAGAAUCUCCAACGCCCUGCCAUCAUCGCAAAGUCGCAUCGCGUCCACGCUUGCCACUUCUGUAUCAUCAGCAUCAGCUUCGUCACCGGUUGCCGCUGUGCAAGCCUCGACUAGUUUAUGCCCAUCUUCUAAUUUCACAGGCUAUGCGGACUCUCAAGGCAACAACUGGCAGAUCCUGUGCGGUUUUGAUACCAGUCCUGGAUCUUUCGGCUCCGCUUCUGCCUCCAGCUUCCCCGCAUGUCUAUCAGCUUGUAGAGCUACCUCGGGUUGUGCGGCGGUCACAUACAUCGGUACCUCAUGCUACUUCAAGAAGGCCUUCUCAAGCUUGAUCACAAAAUCCAAUGCGGCUAGUGCAUUUCUGGUAAACACUCAGAACUAUCCCGUCCCUCUUUCGGGUAACAGCAAAGCAAGCUCGGGCUGUGGAGCUGCGUUACCCCCUGGCAUACAACUGGGAGGCCCUUCUGUCACUUUCAACAUCACGUCUGGUGGUGUGAUCAGGUCCUUCAACGUUCAUGUGCCCACUUCGUACAAGAACACCAAAGCUUCACCUCUGAUUGUUGCUUACCACGGCCGCUCGAACAACCAGCUCUCAGUGGAGAGUGAUUCACAACUCUCGAGUGAGACUUGGAAUCCCUACGCCAUUGCGGUUUACCCUCUGGGCGAGGAUGUAUAUCCGGCCACUGUCGGAGGAUCACCUUACUACAACGAUCUGACUUUCUCAAGUGAUCUGCUUGACUACAUCUCCAGCCACUACUGCAUUGACACAAGUCGCAUGCUAGCCACUGGCUUCUCCAACGGCGGAGGCUUUGUUGGAACCCUCGCCUGCGACCCAACACUUUCUCAGCGCUUCAGCACUUUUGCGGCAAACUCGGGUGCAGAGUAUACCAACACGACCGGCACUUGCGAUCCUCCCAACGUGCUCACAAACACUAUCGUACAGCCUGUUUGCUCGCCAGGCAGGUCCAAUCUUCCAAUGCUCGAGUUCCACGGUGACGCCGACGGCACCAUCCCUUACCCUGGUGGGCCUCGAAGAGGGUAUUGUCUACCCACAGUGCCGCAUUGGGUCACGGAUUGGGCUCUCAGAGACGGAUUGUCAAGCUCUAACGUCACCUCGUCGCUGGCUAGUGGAAAGGUGACCAAGUACGAGUUUGGCGCUUCGCAGGGUGUACAGGGAUUGGUUACGCAUUACAAGAUCGCUGGUUGGGGACACUUUUGGGCCAGUACCAAUGGUGGAGCACCAAUUGACGCUACACCUGUUAUCAUGGACUUUUUCUAUGGUCAUUCCGGCUAG